AUGCUUCCUACGCAAUCACUGCCGUCGUGGCCCGCGCCGAAGGGCGUUCUGCUCAGCGACCUCACGUGGGUCAACGACGUUGCGGAGAAGUACCAACUGGACGGGUUGGAGAUCCCGGCGGGCUCCAUAGUCCUGGAACGAAUUUCCGCCACCGGCGGCCGCUGCUUCUGCUACCCGGACGGCUCCUGGCUGAUCGGGCUAUCUCAUCCGAGGCUGCAACGGUCCGGCCGCCGGGGCAUUGAAGGCAUAUUGGCGCACGAACUGCUGCACGCAUGGCUCUGGUCGCGGCACCGCUACCAGGGGCACGGCGCGGUUUUCGAGGGGCACGCCUCGGUGCGGGGGAUCCCGAGGUGGUGCUCGGCGUUCGGCGAGGUGGUCCGCUUGGGACCGCAACAGUUGGCCCUGUUUGACACCUGGCCGCCGGCGCCGUUGCCUGGUCGGUAG